AUGCCCAAGUGCGAUUACUGCGAUGUCUACCUCACGCACGACUCCAUGAGCGUGCGAAAGGCGCACAACAGCGGCCGAAACCACUUGCGAAACGUCAUAGAAUACUACCAACAAAUCGGCCACGAGAAGGCCCAGUCCGUCAUUGACUCCAUCACCUCGUCUUACGCCGCCGAAGGCCAGGCUCACGCCAACCCGAUGUUGCCUCACAACCAGCCCGGCGGCUCCGGCUUCCCUCCGCCCUUUGCCUUCCCCGGAGGCGUGCCACCUCCGUUCCCAGGUAUGCCGGGUGCGCCACCCGGCGGUUUCCCCGCAGGAAUGCCUCGGCCCUUCUUCGCUCCCCCGGACACAAUAGCACCACCAACAGGCGCCCGCGGUCUGCCAAACAUGCCGCCCUUCCCGCCCCCGAUCCCCGGCGGCCCGAACCCCAGUGGCCUCCCCGUCCCGCCGCCAGGCGCUCUGCCUCCCGGAAUGCCGCAUUUCCCAGGGAUGCCGUUCCCGCCGCCCGGCCCCGCCGGCUCAGGAGGUGUCCCUCCCCCGAUGAUGCCGCCAAACUUCCCCGCAGGAUUCCCCGGCAUGCCCCCUCCCGGUCCGGGCGGGCCCGGGCUGCCGCCGCCGCCAUUCAUCCCCCCCGGCGGCAUGCCACCCCCUGGUGCGAUGGGUGGUCCAGACAACAAGCGCUAG